CCUUCAGUCGAUCAUGAGCACUCCAAUUGAUCGUUUGUCUUGCGGUUUUCCUCUCUUGUGAUCACGAAAAUUAUACCGCAUUGUGUAAUUUUUUUUUGUGAAAUAAUUCCCGCGAAAGUGAAAAUUGUAUAAACGCGGGUGCUUAGAAAAAAAUAUAAGACCAUCUCUAAUAAGGAAUAUCCGAAAAUAGUGAAAGCAUAGGUAUUUUACACCUAAAAGACUGCGAAGAUACUUGACCUAUACUUGGCGUUGAGAAAAAUUCUCAAGGACUGUGACUUUAUUCUUUAGCUGUGUAUCAAGUUGAAUCUAUACACCACAAUGAAGGUUCAUGUUAAUAGUAGUUUUCAUCAAUAGCCACGACAUUUAUUGCAUUGGCUCAGGCGAUAGAUAAAGUUCUGAAAUAAACUUAAAAAACAUAUCGUUUGUGUUAGAAUUUCAAUGCAUUUAUCACGAAUUGUGAAAAUAUUUUAGUUGAUUUAAAUUUUAAUUGUUUUCGUGUGAACAAUGGAAGCGGCUUGGAGAUUCCGAAUAAUGCUGCUAAUGGCAUUUGCUGUGAUACUAUUUGGUGACUUUUUGGGAUAUGGGAAUGUUAAAAGUGACCGACCUUCUCCUAGGAAUCCUUCAAAUUUAAGGGACGAGGAUCCAGAUUUGCAUAUUGUUGAUGGAACAGCACUCAACAUCCUCGAUAGCUCACCCGAGGAGACGCAUACAUCAGCCACAUAUCAGAUCUCAAAGAGGAAGCUUACAGAGACCCUGAAGGAAUCCUGCUUGCCCAAAAUGCUGUGCGAGAUGGCAGCAAGACCCAGCUACAAUUUGAGUGACAGAGAGCGGGAUCUUCUCACUCUGAUAAAAUCAACAACACUCACCCUGGCAAUGGCUGUUGCCCCAACUCGCUGGCACUUUGCAGCUCACAUGGGACAACUCUUGCGAUCCGGCGAUUCCCUCUCUGGAACCAUUGGAUGUUCUCAACUCUGGCCAAAUUGCCCAUUCAGUUCGCAAAAAUUAAUGCAAUUGAGCUCAAAGGUGUCACUCAAAUAGACGCCAAUACGCGAUAUUUUACGAAACUCAUGUGAUUUUAAUGAAUAAUGGAUGAUCUAGUCUUAUAUGAAGAAACAUUCAUUCAUGCAAAUUUUGUUGAUAGAUUAAUAUACUAUAUACUUAAUUUUUUUUUUACAUUAUUGCUAGUAUUUUUUAGUUUGUUGGAUUUAAUUAAGGAUAUGCUAUAUACUAUGUAUUUUGUAAUGUAUGUACAAUUACAUAUUACACAAUAAGGUGAAGCUUUUGAUAGAAAUAAAGUUUACAAUCUUACCUCA